UCUGCUGAUCUUGUGUGUUCGAAUGUUGAUGUUUUUUUUUAGUUUUUUUUUGUUUUUGGGUUUAAAAUAACCAACAAACAGUCAAUUUAUCUAAUGUAAAUGGCAUCGAGUAAUCAAUUAAAUGAAACAUUAUGUCUGGUUCGAUCAAUUUGUCGAACACUUCGUGGUCGUAUGAAGGGAAAAGUAAGCGAAUCACCAAUAUUUGAAGUAAUACGACAAACUGUACGCCAGAAUAAAGUGACUGAUCAACGUAUUUGUCGCGGACCAAAUGAACUGCGUUUUAUUGGUGAAUCAUAUCAAACAUAUUUGUCAUCAGGAGAAAAAUAUCGUCAAUUAUUGAAUAAAUAUCAUGGAAAAUCUGAACGUAGUGUCGAACAAACCGCCAAAAUGAUGGGAUUUAAAUUACCGGAAAAACGUUGAUUGGUUUCAUCAUCUUUCAGUAAAUCUAAAUCUGUGAUCUGUGAUCAUCAUUAUUAUCAUCAUCAUCAUUGAAUCCAGGAAAUGAUUUAAAACUAUCACCAUACUAGCUUUUUUCUAAUUGAUUAUUAUUAGGUAAAUUAGAUAAAGUCUAAAUUAGUAUUUGCAAUUUUUUUUUCUCUGGAAUUCAAAUAAAAUUUAAAUUUAAAAAAACAAAAA